AUGCAUCAAGACUCACCAUCUUCAAGGAUCUCAGCAUUUUCACAGUCUACACAACUAAUAAAGGCUAUGAUCUUCAUCCAGGGUUACCGCAGUCUUUCUACAAUAAAGACCAACGAUCAAGAUCCAAUUAUCCAUCUAGGGUCUCAGCUAUAUUUUUUAAGCCUUUUUGAUAGAGUCCUGGCAAAUGAUCAAGAUUUCAGUUUUCAUCAAGUGUUUCUACUUGAGAUUGAGACGAAUCAAAAUAUCUUUGGAAAGCGGCUGGUCGAUAGGUUUCUCUCCAAGUUCACAAAGCAAAUGUCAUCUUAUUUUUUUUGCAGCAUUCACCUCGCUGCCACAGUGUAUUACAGGCUUUACAGACCAAUAAAGAAAGGGGAUUUGGCUCGUCAAAAAGUUCGAAUGUUCUUUUAUAGAAUAAGCACAAACUGA